AUGACAAGGUUGCCAUUCAAAGGCGACACAAGUACUUUUGGAAAUUCUCAGAAAAAUGCAUUAAGAAGAUUUUUAUCUAUGGAAAGAAGACUUGACUCCAAUAUUGAGUUAAAAUUGGAAUAUGUGAAAUUUAUGCAAGAUUAUGAAAAUCUCGGACAUAUGUCGAUGGUUAAGGAUUUGGAUUUAAAUUCUCCCCACUAUUUUAUCCCACAUCAUUAUGUAAUUAAACCAGAUAGCACAACUACUAAAUUACGUGUAGUGGGCCCUACAAUCCAAAAUGAACUUGUAAUAACAUUAUUAAGAUUUCGAUUAUAUCAAUAUGGAAUAACGGCUGACAUAACAAUAAUGUAUAGACAAUUUUGGCUACAUCGAAGUGAUCGCAAUUUUCAACUAAUUUUGUGGCGUGAGCAUAAAUCGCAAAAUAUUUCAGUUUAUCAACUGAAUACUGUUACAUAUGGUACGAGUUCUGCGCAAUUUCUUGCAACUAGGUGCUUACACUACAUUGCAGAUAACUAUCCUUACCGUAAAGAAACAGGUAAAAUGAUAUUAAAAAGGGAUUUUUAUGUCGAUGACAUGAUCUCAGGAGCAGAUGACUUGGAGACAUUGCAAGCCAUCAAAAAUGAAACUACCGAAAUAUUGGAUUUUUACAACUUAUCGUUAACAAAGUGGAAUAGUAACAAUGUUAACAUCACUGCACCAAAUGUUAAACUUACAGAUAUUGAGACUGCAAGAGAUAUGGCAUGCCCACUUGGAAUGUUAUGGAAUACGAAAGAAGACUAUUUUUGCUUCACUUUUCAAUCAACCAAUAUACCAGCAAGUCAUACUAAACGAAACAUUUUGUCAUUAGCAUCAUCUUUAUAUGAUCCUUUGGGUCUAAUUACUCCACUUAUCAUCAAAGCUAAGAUUUUGUUACAGCAACUAUGGAUAAUUGGAUGUGAUUGGGAUGAAUCCGUACCUUAA